AUGAACUCAGGCCAGCCGAGGUGGGGAUUUCACCUCUGAAUAAUGGUCUAGACCAUUACUGACGUUGAAAUUGCUUGAAAACAGUAAGAAAUUGUCUUUCUACCAGCACCGUUUGCCCGAGCGCUGCUCGUGCUGGGGCUGGCGGAGGAAGCUGCCCCGACGGCUGGGUGCGUGAGUGAGCUGGGCCAGGUGCCCCUGGGGAAGAUGCUCGUCGUCGGUGUGGUGCCGGGGCUGGUCCUCUGCCUCCUGCUGGGGCCUCUCGCAGGGGCCAAGCCUGUGCAGGAGGAGGGAGACCCUUACGCGGAGCUGCCGGCCAUGCCCUACUGGCCUUUCUCCACCUCUGACUUCUGGAACUACGUGCAAUACUUCCAGACGGUCGGCGCCUACCCCCAGCUGCAGGACAUGGCCCGCACCUUCUUCGCCCACUUCCCCCUGGGGACCACCCUGGGCUUCCACGUCCCCUACCAGGAGGACUGAGCAGCGUCCAGCCCGGGGACAGCCCACCCCGCCAGGCUGCGCUUGGCCAGGCCUCAGGGCAGGUCUGGGGGCAUCCGGGAGCCAUGGCUGGGGGGGCAGUGGGGGUGCUGUCCUCACACUCAAUAAACUCCUGACAGAAGAUGCGCAGCAAA